CUUUACUCCUUUUACAACUUCACAUACACGCCGAGCUCAAAAUGGAUGUAACGCUCACACCUCCAAGCAGGCGGCACCGCCUCUGGGGGUGUUAUCAUAGGCUCUACUGGCACUGCACCGGUCAACUUCACCAUGCUCUGCCGAGAGCCUCAUAAUAAUCAAGAUGAUGUUAUUUUCCAUCUUGUUCGGUCUUUUACUUUGCCUGCUGCCACAUGGGCGAGGGCACAGCAUAUUAGCGCAUAGUGGGAAAUCUGAGCUCGCAUCAAGGGACCAGUUGGAGGGACUGAUAACAUGGGAUAAAUAUUCCAUGAUUAUUCGGGGAGAACGAAUGUUCAUAUUUUCUGGAGAAUUUCAUCCCUGGCGUCUACCAAGCCCGGGCCUGUGGCUUGACAUCUUUCAGAAAAUCAAGGCGCUGGGUUUCAACGCGGUGACAUUCUAUACUUAUUGGGGUCUCGUGGAAGGUACACGAGGGCAAGUACGUUUCGAUGGCGUAUUUGCUCUUGAUGAGUUCUUCAAAGCUGCUGCGGAAGCUGGAAUAUAUCUGAUCGCCCGGCCUGGACCGUACAUCAAUGCAGAAACGGCUAUGGGUGGUUAUCCAGGAUGGACGGCGCGGAUUCGAGCACCUCUUCGCGGAGACGACGCAGAAUUCGUAAAUACGACCGAGCUCUAUGCCGCCACCGUGGGAAAGUUGAUUGCAGAUGCGCAGAUUACGAACGGAGGCCCUGUUAUUAUGUUACAGCCAGAGAACGAAUACGAUACUUGGCCUAAUGUGAAUAACUCUGACUUUCCGGCUCAAGAGAAUAGAGAAUAUAUGGAACAUGUUAAGCAACAGUUCAAAAGAGCUGGAAAUGUUGUUCCACAAAUGGUAAACGACCAUCUCUAUCAGGGCAAUUGGGCGCCGGGUAGUGGGCUAGGCGAAACAGAAAUUUAUGGAAUCGACGCAUAUCCUCUGCGAUAUGAUUGCGCACAUCCAGACAUUUGGCCUACGAUUCGAUGGCCCGAAAACUGGCAAACGAUGCAUCAGGAAUAUAGCCCCAACACUCCAUUCUUCGUAGCUGAAUUCCAGGGAGGAUCUGGCACCAGCUUCGGCAGUGUCAAUGCGGAUGCCUGCAAUGCGCUGGUUAACCAGGAGUCGGUUCGCGUUCUAUGGAAGAAUAACUACAGCUUUGCUAUCAAGAUUUUCAAUAUCUACAUGACAUAUGGCGGAACAAAUUGGGGGAACUUGGGAUACAGAGGUGGUGAUAGCUCAUAUGACUAUGGUGCUGCAAUAAAGGAGAAUCGUCAUAUAUGGCGGGAGAAAUACUCAGAGGAAAAGCUCGAGGCCAACUUCUUCAAAGUAUCGCCCGCGUAUCUAACUGCAAUUGCUGGAAAUGCGUCCAAUGGAUCAUAUGUAUCAACAGAUCAGAUCGCUACGACACUAAUAUUUGGGACCGACUUUUCAACAAACUUUUACAUCAUUCGUCACGCUAUUUGGACCUCGACAGACACAACCAGUUACAAGCUCAACAUUCUCACAAGUAUUGGAAACAUGUCGAUACCUCAACUUGGCGGAGAAUUGACUCUAACGCGAAGAGACUCGAAGAUCCACGUAACCGACUACGAUGUAGGAGGAGUUAACCUGGUAUAUUGCACAGCAGAGAUAUUUACAUGGGCGAAAGAUGUGUCAGGCAAAAGAACACUGAUUCUUUAUGGCGGAGCUGAAGAAGUUCAUGAAUUUGCCAUUGAUUUGACAACCAUGUCAAGAGCAUCUAUAGAGACAAAACUAAAUGACACUAAUGUGAAAGUUCAGAAGAUACAUUCCGAUGCACUGGUCGUUCAGUGGAAAGUCUCUACAGAUAGGAGAAUCUUAAAACUUAGCAACGACUUCGAGGUACUCUUGCUAUGGCGCAACGAUGCAUAUAAUUACUGGGUUACGGAGCUCCCAGCAGAGGCACCAACCGCAAACUACUCUUCUCCACCAAAAUCUACCGUGGUAGUGAAGGGCCCCUAUCUAGUCCGUACAGCAGUCAUAGAUGGGGAAACACUUCGUCUCACCGGCGACAUCAACAGAACCGUUGAUAUCGAGCUCAUCUAUGAACCUACUGGCAAAGUCAAGCAUAUAUCCUUCAACGAUGAACCUCUCCAAGGAGAUCUGAAUGGAGACGGGAAACUUACAGCGCGGUUGGACUUCCGAGCACCUGAAAUCACUCUUCCUGACUUCACUACUCUGAAGUGGAAAUAUAUCGACUCCCUCCCCGAGAUCCAAGACUCUUACGACGAUUCAGACUGGGUCACAUGUGAGAACCCAUCGACAAACAACCCGCAAUCUCUCCUCACGCCCACCUCUCUUUAUGCAAGCGACUACGGUUUCCACAGCGGAUCACUUAUAUAUCGCGGCCACUUCACUGCUAACGGGGAAGAAUCGACCCUAUUCCUCAAUCUAACGGGCGGUAAUGCCUUCGGCUACUCGCUCUGGCUCAACGACGUAUUCGUUGCCUCCUGGGACGGAUCGGACGAAGGAGGCGGCGAGCCCACGCACAACGACACUAUCUCGCUCUCCUCCCACACACUCGGGAACGGGAAACCGUAUGUCUUCACGCUGGUGAUCGAUCACAUGGGUCAAGACGAAGAAGCGCCAGGAACGGACGUGAUAAAAGCGCCGAUGGGCAUCAUGAACUUCGACCUGGCGGGACACGCGCAGUCGGACGUGACGUGGAAGCUGACGGGCAAUCUCGGCGGCGAGUCGUACCACGAUCUCGCGCGCGGUCCGCGUAACGAGGGCGCCAUGUUCGCAGAGCGGCAAGGGUAUCACCAGCCCUCACCUCCGAGCCAGGACUGGGAGGUCUCGAACCCUAUCAUCAACGGAAUCAAAUCUGCCGGCAUCGGUUUCUUCACCACGACCUUCGACCUCGACGUCCCCGCGGGCUACGACGUGCCGCUUAGCUUCGUGUUCGCGAAUACGUCCACCGCUGCCAUCGCUUCCAACUACCGCUGCCAGCUGUUCGUCAAUGGGUGGCAGUUCGGCAAGUACGUCGCGAAUCUGGGGCCCCAGACCACAUUCCCGGUGCCGGAGGGCAUACUGAACCAUAACGGCGCGAACACCGUCGCGCUUACGCUCUGGUCUCUCGACGUGGGCGGGGCGAAGCUCGGUGGCUUCUCGUUGGAGCCGGAGAUGCCGCUGUGGUCUGGCUACAGAAAACCUUGGUCGUCUCCCCAGCCAGCGUGGCAGGAGCGCGAAGGGGCGUAUUAGGGGCUGGCGCGUGGAGAUUCGGUGUCCCCGAUGAGCUAUAUCGCGAAAGGACUAUUAAGCGCUACUGCAUCUGAGGGUCGACAGCGCGGUCGUUAGUUGGUUCGUGAAAUUCGUCGUCGGGCAGAGAGAAGGAAAGCGGGUGCCCGACGCUAUGGAACAAUAGUUGUGUUUCUAUGCAAACAAUAGACCACGUUGUUGUUCUCGGACCGUAACAAAGUCUCGGCCCCCUUAACCUUGUCCAAUAGGAAAUGACAAGUCGUAUCAGCGAGUCGAAUUCACCUGUGUGUUCAAACCCUAGUCCAACACGGCCCAACUCCUCUCAUCCCUCCCGAGCAGUGAAGAAAAAGGUACAUUGCCUCUUCCGCACACCGUGAAUCUUUGUGAAGAGCAUCCGAGUGCCUACCUUGCAGGUCUAAUAUUCCGCACCUUCCGCAAGGCAGCUAGCCUAAUCCCCUAAGUCCUA